CCCUACCUGACCUUGGAUACAGACCUGCUUUCAAAAAACAACCCUCGCCACAUAAGCGUUACAAAGUUGUGAAACUGUACUACCAAGUGCUGACUGUCCACACGAGGAAUUCAACGACCCGGAUCGACAUAUCCAGGAUUUGCAAACUCUCUUCCUUUUGUGAAUAUUCUACAUUGGUGCCUCAACAUGCCCACUCGUUCAGAGGUUGCCUACUUUGGCGCUGGGCCAGCUCCUCUGCCCACCCCUGUCAUUGAAUCAAGCGCCCAAGCGUUCGUCAACUUCGAAAAUACCGGCCUCUCUCUGGCCGAAAUAUCUCAUCGCUCUCCAACGGCGAAUAAAAUCCUCGCUGACGCCAAAGAAGCACUCACAAAGCUCUACAACAUCCCAGAAGGCUACGACAUUUUCUUCAUGCAAGCCGGAGGGACGGGAGAAUUCAGCGCCGCCUGUCAAAAUCUGGUAGGAUGCUGGAUCGAGCAACGCCGAAGAAAGGCUGUAGCGGACCUAGGUGAGGGCAAGGAUGACGAGGUUCUUGAUCGAGUCAAGAAGGAAAUCGAGAACGAGUUGAAAGUCGACUACCUGGUUACCGGGUCAUGGUCACUCAAGGCCAGCCAGGAAGCUACGAGACUACUCGGUGCGAAGUAUGUGAAUGUCGCUCUUGACGCGAGAAAGAGCAACAACGGCAAAUUCGGCAAGAUCCCGGAUGAGAGCGAGUGGAAGUUGACACCAAAGGCGAGUGCAUUUACCUACAUGUGCGACAACGAGACUGUGGACGGAGUUGAGUUCCCCAGCUUUCCCAAGUCGCUAGAUGAGAACGACAGAAUCGUGGUGGCGGAUAUGUCGAGCAAUUUCGUCAGCAAGAAACUCGAUAUCAGCAAAUACGGUGUCAUUUUUGGUGGUGCACAGAAGAAUCUCGGUAUCACAGGCAUCACGGUAGUCAUCAUUCGAAAAUCCCUACUCAAUCUGGUCCCGCCUCCAACGUUCUUGCAUCAGUUGUCGAGCGUCAUCCCGACCUCUGGAGCACUCCCACCGAUUAUGUUUUCUUUCUCGACGAUCGCUUCGAAUAACAGUCUGUACAACACGCUGCCGAUCUUCAACCUGUACGUCGCGACGCUGGUGUUGCAGAGUCUCGUGUCGAAUUUCGGUACAGUCUCAGGACAGGAGGAUGUGGCCAAUCAGAAGGCAAAGUCGAUAUACGAUACGCUCGAUGCGUACCCGGACUUGUAUCAUGUCGUGCCGGACAAGGAUGUGCGGAGUCGUAUGAACAUCUGCGUGCGGAUUAUUGCCGGGCCCAAGUCGGAAGCGGGAGUGACGCCGGAUGAGGCGAAAGAGAAGGCCUUUCUAGCUGGGGCAGAGAAGCGUUCCUUGCUGGGCCUGAAGGGGCAUCGUUCGGUCGGUGGGAUCCGGAUCAGCAAUUACAAUGCUGUGCCGGUGGAGAAUGUGCAGAAGUUGGUGGAUUGGCUGAAUGAGUUUGCGAAGUCAUGAUGGAUUGGCGAAUGAUGAGGAAGGUAAAGCCGUCUGGUGGCUACUGACAUGAGGAUGCUGGACAGUUGCUAGGUUGUGUGCUGGCUGGCCUUCUAGCAUCUCGUUACCACUACGGCCUUGGGCACCAAAACUUCAAUACAGAAAAGAACUACUGAGAAAAGCAAUAGCGCACUUCACACCC